AUGCGUGUCUCCGCUUUCGUUAUCGCUCUUGCGACCACUCUGGCCGUCGAGUCGUCGGCAAAGAAGAUCAACAUGUCCUGCAGGUUUGCGGCCGACCAUACGGGAAUGGUGCAGUACCCCUACUGCUGCCGCGACAUGAAGCCCGCGAGGCACAAUGCUCAGGCCAACCAGGCCACGGAUUGCGAGCAGUUGAAAGUACCCCAGCUGUGCGAGGAUCAGUCACGCCCUGCUUGCUGCUAUACUAUCGGCCCUGAGAAGAUUUGCACCUCGCAUGUCAUCUUCCAGGAUGCUGAGGACGUUUAA